AUGACGGACCAGGAAGAGAAGGUGGAUGGGACUUCGGCUCCCUGCCUCAAAGCUGGCUCUCCAGACCAGGAGGGCUUCUUCAACCUGCUGAGCCACGUACAGGGCGACCGGAUGGAGGAGCAGCGGUGCUCGCUGCAGGCAGGGCCGGGUCCGACUUCUGAGAGCCAGAGUGGCCCUGCACCCGAGAUGGACAGUCUCAUGGACAUGCUGGCCAGUACCCAGGGCCGCCGUAUGGAUGACCAGCGUGUGACAGUCAGCAGCCUGCCUGGCUUCCAGCCCAUAGGCCCCAAGGAUGGAGUGCAGAAACGAGCCGGGACGCUCAGCCCCCAACCCCUCCUCACCCCUCAAGACCCGACUGCUCUCAGCUUCCGUCGGAACAGCAGCCCCCAACCCCAGACACAAGCCCCAUGA